GGGAAAUAAGUGUGAGCAUGGUAGGAGAGGAGUUUGCUGUAACUUGAAGUGAGUAUGUCUCUUCGGGAUCCACCAUACGAGCCUCCGUCUGUGUCAGAGCUGCUGGAGUUCUUGCUGGCAGACAGACGACCCACAGGACACGUCAAUCAAGUCUGGCCGAAUGUUUACAUCGGCAAUGAGGUGGCAGCUCGUGACAAUGGCACACUCCACAGUCUGGGCGUAACUCACAUCGUAAAUGCUGCUCAUAGACCCUCUAAUCACGGCCCUGGCCCCUGUUUCUAUGUCAACACUGGCCCACGUUUCUACAGAGACAUGAAUGUGGAUUAUUAUGGGAUCGAGGCUGAUGAUGCAAUAGGGUUCAUCCUUAGUCCUUACUUCUACUCAACAGCACGAUACAUCAGAGCUGCCCUGGCCAUGGGAGGGCGGGUGUUUGUCCACUGCCUGAUGGGUGUGAGCCGCUCUGCCACGUUGGUCCUGGCCUUCCUGAUGAUAGCUGAGGGCCUGAGGCUGCAGGAGGCGGUGGCUGCUGUCAGACCGCACAGAGACAUCUGCCCCAACCCGGGCUUUCUGCAGCAGCUCCGCAGCCUCGACAUGAGCCUGGAGAGGGAGCGGAGGAGGAGACAGAAAACACUGUAAAGACACACAGACACACAAAUCC